AUGAUGAACUCGGAGAUGAGUAGCAGCAUGCACUCGGGGCGUCCUGAAAGUGAUUUCAGCAUCGAGUGCUUCCAGAACUACACUGCUCCGGAAGUGUUCGUUCAAGGGUUGGCUGGUUUGGUAAAUCAAACGGAUGUGGAAGUCAUGAUACGAGCGCAGAAGCAAAUGUUGCAGCGUUUUGAGAAAACAAAUGAGAUGCUGCUCAACUGUAACGCGCUCAGUGCCAGCCGGUUGAAGAUAGCCACGGAUGAUUUUAAAAAGCACACGAAGCUGCUGCACGACAUGAAAAAGGAUUUGGAUUACAUUUUCCGUAAGAUACGGACGAUAAAGACGAAAAUCGGAAAUCAAUAUCCGGCGGCUUUUGCAGAAGCGGAAGCGAAAAACAAACCGAUCAGCUUUGACGAGGAAGAUGAAAUUGAUACGGCAAGUCGGGCGGAGACGUUGGACGAGAAAAAAGACCAGUCCGAUGAUGGUCCAUCAACGUCCACUCCCGUUAAGAUGUCGUCUUCUGGCAAAGAAAAAGCAUCUACUAGCAAGACGGACACGGAGGGUGGCCCAAAGGAACGGAAGAAAACACUCGCCAGUGGCAGCAGGGAAAAUUCCACCGUGGGGUACGUAAAAAUGGAGCAGAGUCCGGAAAAUAGGAAAUUCGGUGGUGGUGGAUCGAGUAGCGGCGAGCAAAAACGACGAUCGUUCCGAUCGGCGCAGAGUAGCUCGACUGAUAAUUCCAACGAUUCUUCGGAUUGUACUUCCGAUACUGGAUAG